UUACGAUUUAGAUCCAAGAAGACGCGACGCAGAAAAAUGCAAGCAAGAGCGAUGCAUGCUGCAACAUAGCGAGAACAGUCACAUAGCGAGAGUACCUGCCUGACAGCAGAAUUUUCGAACGACGGUAGAUAGCCCACUGGCUGCAUCACGUAGGAUAGUGUAUUUUAGGAAAAUGGCCCCAGGCUUCAGCAAUCAAAAGAGUGGAGCAGGCAAAAGCUCUGUUCAUGUGAACAAUCCACAUUUGGACUCAAUGAAGGAGGACAUACUCUACCAUUUCAACCUGGGGACAGACACUCAGGAUUUGCCAGCAAUGUUUGGUGAUGUUAAAUUUGUCUGUGUUGGAGGCAGUGCCUGGAGAAUGAAGGCCUUCAUCCAGUACAUUGCUGGAGAGCUGGGCCUUGGGGACCCUAAGGCUGAGUACCCCAAUCUCUGUGCAGGAACUGACCGAUACAGCAUGUACAAAGUUGGCCCUGUGUUAUCUGUCAGUCAUGGCAUGGGCAUCCCUUCCAUUGCAAUAAUGUUACAUGAACUCAUCAAGCUCCUGUACCAUGCAAAGUGCUCUGAUGUCACAAUUGUGCGCAUCGGGACUUCAGGUGGAAUCGGCCUAAAACCAGGCACUGUGGUUAUUACCAAGCAAUCAAUGGAUGCUUGUUUUCAACCAAAAUUUGAACAGGUAAUUCUUGGAAAGACUGUGGUUCGAAAUACAGACCUGGAUGAAGGACUGGCAGAGGAACUACUCCAAUGUGGUGCAGAGUUGGACAAAUUUGAAACAGUCAUCGGCAACACCAUGUGUACACUGGACUUCUAUGAAGGUCAAGCCCGUCUGGACGGUGCUUUCUGCUCCUACACUGAAGCAGACAAGCAAAAGUAUUUGGCGGAGGCGUAUGCUGCAGGAAUCAGGAACAUUGAGAUGGAAUCAUCCGUGUUUGCAGCUAUGUGCAAACUCAGCUCCAUUAAAGCGGCAGUGGUGUGUGUGACACUGCUGGAUCGCCUGAAAGGGGAUCAGCUGACAAGCUCUCAUGACGUCCUCAGCAACUUCCAGCAGCGUCCUCAGAUGCUGGUGGGGCACUUCAUCAAGAAGCAGCUGAAUUCAUCACAGUAACGCUGAGAUGUGACACUUGGUGAUCUUCAAGAUCUCUGACUUAUUGCAGCUAAAUUGAAAAAAACUAAACAAUGAUUGUCAUUAUAGAAAGGGAAGUCUGAGCUUACCUGUCAUAUUUGAAGUAAUUAUGUUGAAUAGUAUCUUAGUAGUUCUGUCAGGAGCUUCAUUUAGGAAAGGUUUGCAUUGGAACUAGAUUACAGGAAGUAUACUAACUAGGUAGAUGGCACUGAUUCUGUGGAAACUAAAUGUGCAACAGUAUAAUCACAUUGAAAAUAGUUAUAUACAUGUAAGCAUUGAUUUCUUAAGUGUUAAAUUGUUAGUUAUAUUACACUGUGAGCACUUAAUUAGGUAUUUAUUAGACUCAUUAUUAGAGUUUAAGUUUUCUGCAGCUGUAGCCAAUCCACUCAGAGGCUUGAUGCGUUGUGUGUUCAGAGAUGCUCUUCUGCAUUCGUUUCUGCCCGCAGAACUGCUGCUCACUGAAUGUUUUUUGUUUUUCGCACCAUUCUCUACGAACUGUAGAGACUGUUGUGCGUGAAAAUCCCAGAAGAUCAGCAGUUUCUGAUAUGCUCAAACCACCCUGUCUGGCACCAACAAUCAUUCCACGGUCAAAGUCACUUAGAUCACAUUUGCUCCCCAUUCUGAAAUUUGGUCUGAAAAACUGCUGAACUGCUUGACCACGUCUGCAUGCUUUUAUGCUUUUAGCUACUGCCACAUGAUGGGCUUAUUAAAUAUUUGCAUUAACAAGCAGGUGUACGGGUCUACCUAAUAAAGUGCUCAGUGAAUGUAUAUUUAAAUAAUAUUUUAUUAGUCAAAUUGUUUGCUUUGCACAGUUUCUGUAUAUUUAUACAUUGUAUGUGAGAUCUGAAAUUAUUUCACUAAUUGCCACAAGAUGUGGAUUUCAAGUAUUUCAUUGACAUUGAAUAUGUGCAACAAAGGUAACAUCUGUCUUGAAGAUUUAGAUUUUUUUAGAGAACAUAGUUUUAUUUGUACUGUUAUAGAGAUUGGUCAGAUGGUGGUGUUGUAGCAAAUCCGUUUUUGGUCUAUAACUCCUGAACCGUUUGGGAUGGAACCGUUCUGGGUGAAUUGCUGAUUGUGGCUGCUACUACUAUUAUUAUUAUUAUUAUUAUUAUUAUUAUUAUUAUUAUUAUUAUUAUUAUUAUUAUUAUUAUUAUUAUUAUUAUUAUUAUUAUUAUUAUUAUUAUUAUUAUUAUUAUUAUUAUUAUUAUUAUUAUUAUUAUUAUUAUUAUUAUUAUUAUUAUUACUACAACUACAGCCAAUAAUACAGGUUUUAUUCAGCAGUAUUUUUCAGUUAAUUUAAACUGUGUACUCACUGAAAUGUGUCUCAGGUUCACUGUUUAGUUUGUAUUACUCUGACCAAAAAUAUUUUCAAUGUAAGAACAGCAUUUACUCUUACCAAGCAAAUACUUCUCUAUGCAUCUUUAAAAAAUGUCAGUGUACCAUAUUAUUGCUAUCAACUGAUGCCAUGUUAAAACUGAACUUCAACUACUAUUUACAAAUAAACAAAGUAAGCUAUGAUCUAAAGCAAA